UGAAACUUGGAUUUGUGUAUGUAGGGCUGCAUCCUAUUUACACAAUCUUCGUUCUUUUUUAUCAACGCUGGAACCGCCAAGUUCUAAAGCCAUUCGUCGGGGCUCGGAGAAGCUGAAACUGUGAUGCGAAAGGUCAGGGAAUUCGCCUCCUUCGUCCGAACCAUUACAACUGUUACUUCCGAAUUUGUAUCUAUCCAUUUACCACAGCCAUACUCGUAUUUGAGUGUGCACGCUCCUGAUGCCAUUUACCUUAAGAAUCGAGAAAUCGAUAGACUCAUUAAAUUUGGCCAUCUUAAUGCUGCCAUUAAAUUGUUCGAUGAAAUGCCUCUUCACGACGUUGUUACGUACAAUUUGCUCAUUUCUGGGUGUUUUCGCCAUGGGCAUCCAGAGCGCGCAUUAGGUCUCUACAGCCAAAUGGUUUUACGAGGGAUUAGAGAAAGUGCGUCAACAUUUACUUCUGUUUUGGGUACUUGUAGCAACACGGAUUUUUCCAAAGAGGGAAGUCAAAUUCACUGCAGGGUUGUUUUUCUUGGAUUUAGUUUGAAUUUGUUUAUUGGUACCUCUCUAAUCGAUUACUAUAUGAGAAUGGGUCUUGAUAUUGUCGCUUUGAAGCUGUUUGAUGAGUUGCCGCAACGAAAUAUAGCUGUUUGGAACUUGUUGCUUCGUCGGUUUUGUGAACUGGGUCAAUUCGAAAAGCUUCUGGGAUCUUUCUCGAAAAUGCAAUUGGAAGGCGUAGAGCCAAAUGGUCUAACUCUUUGCUAUUUGCUUCGAGGUGUUGGUAACGAAAGGCUCUUAGACGAAGGGAGGCAACUACAUUCCCGAGCUGUUAAGAUCGGACUGGUUGAAUCAAAUAUCUUUGUUCCAAAUGCUUUGGUGGAUUUCUACUCUGAUUGCAGAAGUUUAACAGAAGCAAAAAAAGCAUUUGAAUGUAUUCCAUUAGAAGACGUUAUUUCCUGGAAUUCGAUUGUUGCAGUUUAUGCAGACAUCGGUUUCUUGUCAGAAUCACUUGAGUUGUUUUCUCGGAUGCAGUUUUGGGGAAAAAGGCCCUCAAUUCGGUCGUUAAUGGCUUUUUUGAAUUUAUCUAGUCGGACAAGGAAUAUCCAGUUGGGGAAACAGAUUCAAUCUUGUGCGCUGAAGCUGGGUUUUGGCCAUGAGAGUAGUCACCUUCAAUCGGCUUUGAUAAAUAUGUACGGAAAAUGCUUUGAUAUCGAGAGUUCAGUGGCCGUGUAUGAAAGUAUUUCUGUGAGAACUUUGGAGUGUUGUAACUCUUUAAUGACAUCUUUGUUACACUGUGGUGUCAUUGAAGAUGUGAUAGAGAUGUUUGGAUUGAUGGCUGACGAGGGAAUUGGACUUGAUGAGGUUACUUUAUCCACAACGUUAAAAGCACUAUCAAUGUCUUCUCCAACAGACUUGACCGGAUGCAGAUUGCUCCACUGUUGUGCCAUAAAAUCAGGUCUUGGAUUUAAUUCCGUGGUUUCUUGUUCUUUAAUGGACUCUUAUUCAAGAUGUGGUCAUGUUGAGCUCUCUUGCAAAGUUUUUGAGGAAAUCCAUUCCCCUGGUGUUAUUUGUUUCACCUCAAUCAUCAAUGGAUAUGCCCGAAAUGGAAUGGGGAAGGAGGGCAUCGAAAUGCUUAAGACGAUGAUCCAGAAAGGCUGGAAACCUGACAAAGUGACGUUCUUAUGUGCAUUGAUAGGGUGCAACCAUUCAGGGCUGGUCGAAGAAGGAAGAUUUGUAUUUGAGUUGAUGAAAACCGUUUGCGGAAUUGAACCAGACUGGAAACAUUAUUCAUGUAUGGUUGAUCUUCUUGGUCGUGUAGGUCUACUUGAUGAGGCAGAAAAGUUGCUGCUAAAGGUACCCGAGAAGGUCAACGGUGUAAUCUGGAGCUCCAUGUUAAGAAGUUGUAGAGUUCAUAGAAAUGAAACAAUCGGAAGGAAAAUUGCUAAGUCGUUGGUGGAUCUUGAAGCUGAAGAUCCUGCCGCUCUUUUGCAGGCUUCAAACUUCUAUUCUGAUAUUGGAGAUUUUGAAACUUCAAAGCAACUUAGGGAAGUUGCAUUGACAAAAAAAGUGAUAAGAGAAAUUGGUCACAGUUUAAUAGAGGUGAAAGGUCAUUGUUAACUGCUACAACUGAGCGUCAGUGAUGCCUUGAGGUUUAUUUCUUGGAUCUUUGGCAGGUACGAUCUUUACUUACUAUGAAGCUGAUUCCAAGCCAUUUUAUUGGCCUUAUUCCUUGAGACGGGGUUUCCUGGUGUUGCUUGACACUGAGGAAAAGGUACGCGUGCUAGUAUCUAUUGAUAGGAUCAGUUUAGCAGAUGAACAUAUUUUUCUCCUCGGUGGUGAGCAUUAUCAAUAGCUUCGUGGUUGCACCUUAGAGGUUCGUGUCUGGGAGUGGUACAUGUUAUAUCUUCUUCAUUGUCUUCAUGAACUGGUCCCUCGGCUGUGACUUGAUGUUUGGUUAAUGGUGUUGCAUUGAGGGGAUGUGGCGUCAUUGGUGGUUUUGGAAGCAAAUGAGGACUAUCUACAGCAGAAAUAUAUUUUUCAGAAUCAUAAAUUAGUUUAAAAAGAAGAAGAAGAAGAAGAAGAAGAGGAUCGUAAUAUUGUAGAAUUGGGCAGCAAAUACAAGUGGUCUUGAUUCGAGAUAUGGACCAUGGAUCAAUCUCCAAUCCAAAGCUAAAAGCAUCAUCUGGAUCAGCCCACGGAUGCAAUUUGUCAAUACUUGGCCUGAAUUCCUGGGGUUUUCUCGAGUGUACAAGUCACAGCUGAGACAACAGCUGAUGAAAUUCACGUCUCUGGAUCAACAAAUGCAUUUGUACAGCAAGAUACGAACAGGACAAAAGCUUUGCCAAAAUGUGAAUCCACACUUGGCAGCCACAGAGAAGACGGAUUAGGUGUUGGAGCUGCAGCAAAGUCUCAGCCACAACCGUAAAAACCUAAAAAGGUGAAUCUCCGCAUUGAACUUUGGUUGGAUGGCAGAGGCAGAGCAUUGGCAUCGGUUAUUAGUGCUGAGAAUGUUGGAUGUUCAGCCAAUGAAUAUAUGACUAUGAAGAAAACGAAGCAAGUUUUGACAUGUUCAGUUUUAAAUUUAAUUCACAAUUUUUUGAAGUAUCAUGCUCCACUGAGGAUUAAAUAGGGAGGGAGAUGAAGACUCUGUUCGUUUGGUGGGCAAUUACGAUGGAAAAUGACAGGUGGAAGACGUUAAAACCUACCCUUGCCUUUCGGUCUAAUCCUUUCUUCUGUGUAGAAGCGAUAGGAUAGGUAUGUAGAAAAGGUGUGGUUUUGGUUUGAUUGAAAUUUGAAGGGGA